AUGGUAGAGCGGCCCCUACCUAAGUCCCUUAAGGCUCUAAAAGGAUUUUUGGGCUUGACAGGCCACUGCCGCAGAUUUAUAAAAAAGUAUAGUGAGAUUGUUGCACCACUUACAAGGUUGCUUAAAAAGGAGUGUUUUCAUUGGAGUGAAGAGGCUAAGUUUGCAUUUCAAAGAUUAAAAGAGGCAGUAACUCAACCACCAGUUUUGGCUCUUCUAGAUUUCUCCCUACCGUUGAUAAUUGAAUGUGACGCCUUGGGGACAACAAUAGGGGUAGUUUUGAUGCAGUGUGGGAGACCAAUAGCGUUUUUCAGCAAGGCCCUUAAAGGCAAAUCCCUUCCACCAUCUACAUAUGAGAAUGAGCUAUUUGCUUUGGUUUCAACACAAAAAUGGAUAACUAAGCUACUUGGCUACGAUUUCAUUGUGGAGUAUAAAAAGGGGUCCGAGAAUAGGGUGGCAAAUGCCCUAUCCCGAAAAGACAAGGAACUUGAAAGGGCUUUAAUGCUUAUCACCUUCCCCAGUAUGGAAUGGGUGGAAGAUUUGAAGAGAGCUUAUGAAUUGGAUAGGCACUUAAAGGAGCUGCUAAGGAACAGUUCAAAAGGGGGUUCAAAUGUCAAUGAGCACUGCGUAUCAUCCUCAGACCAACGGGCAGACAGAAGCAGUGGAGUGGGAAAGGUUGCAUACAAGCUAGAUCUCCCUUCCACUUCAAGAAUCCACCAUACCUUCCAUGUGUCUCAACUCAAAAGGAAGAUUGGCUCCAAGAUCACGGCUAUUCCUUCGCUACCACCUGUGGAUGAACAAGGGGUUCUUUGGCCUGAACCUGAGAAGGUCCUCAGUCGACGCAUGGUCAAGGCUAGGAACAAGGCCAGGGCGGAGCUGCUUAUUAGGUGGCACAGACAAGAGGCGACAGAUGCAACCUGGGAGGGGUAUUCACAACUGAAGGAACACAUUCCCCACCUUGUGGGCAAGGUGUUUUGA